AUGUCUGUACUCUUCGCCGUUGGCUCCAACGGAUCAGGUCAGCUCGGCAUCGGCCACAAAGAAGACGUCUCCGUCCCCAAGCAAGCCAUCUUCUUCCCAGAGGACACCGAAUCGCCAGUAGUCAAGAUCGCAGCAGGCGGAAACCACACCCUUCUCCUCACAAAAUCUGGACAACUCUGGUGGAGCGGAGACGCGACCAGCGGCGCAUGCGGCCUCACCUCAGCAGCAGAGACCGACGAGCCAGUGUUCCAACAAGUCCAGCUCAGCAAGGAUGAAGCAAACGCCGCCUCGGCCACACCAGCCCUGAUCGCCGCAACCUGGGAAGCCUCCUUCGUCGUCCAACAAGACGCCGAGGGGAAGAAGACCAAGAUCUACAGCUUCGGCGCUGGACAAAAGGGCGAGCUGGGCCUCGGAGAGCUCCUCGUUCGUUCACCGUCCGCCACCCUCUUCAAGGAAUUCCCGCCGGCCGGGACCGAGAUCGUAGACCUGGCGGCGUGUAUGGGUCAUGCCGUGGUGGUCCUGAGCAACGGCGACGCCUACGCCUGGGGCAAUGUGCGCAAGGGCCAAGGCGGAUCCCCAGAGGCGGUCGUCUACUCGCCGAGAAAGAUCGAGGGCGUCGACUUCGAGGUUGAAAGAGCCGUCUGCGGAAAGGACUUUACUUGUCUGUUUGGAGCCUCAGAUUCAGGAAAACUGCUCGUUCUGGGUUCUGAUAAAUGGAACAUCAAGUCCUCUGCGCCCAGUUCUGUACCAGAGUGGACAGAUGUCGGUGCAAGCUGGGGCAAUGUUUAUGUCCUGAAGAAGGACGGCGAGCUCAUGGCGUGGGGAAGAGACGACCACGGACAGCUCCCGCCGCCGAGCCUACCCAAGUUAUCAAAGAUUGCCAUUGGCAGCGAACAUGUCAUUGCUUUCACGGAGACGGGCGAUGCGCUCGCUUGGGGAUGGGGAGAGCACGGCAAUUGCGGCCCGCAAGUUGAGAACAACGAUGUCAAGGGACGGUGGAAUGUCAUUGCGUCGUCAAGAUUUAUUCCUCCUGGUUCUAAAAUUGCGGGUAUCGGCGCGGGCUGCGCGACUAGCUGGGUGACUAUCAUCACCGGUUGA